AAGAUGUCAAGCUCAAAGUGAAUCCAGACAGACCUUGUCUACAAAGCUCAGCGAGCACAAACAACAGCCUGUGAUUACAGGUUUCGGGGAUGUCAGGUCGGCAGAGACAUUCCAGACAUUUUGCUCUGGUCGUGGCUUUUCCGAAGCCCAUCAUUUGAAGGACAAAAUUAAACUGCAGCGCUGAAGAUUCCCUUUGUUUGGGGUCCAUUUCAAACACUUGCUUUUUGUUGUCACACGUUUCAUGGUCGUCUCGCAUCCUCUGCUUUCUCCGACUCCCUCUCCAAAGAGAAGUAAAUUCGAUGCCACAAAUACCACAUGACAAGCCUGCUCAUUUUAUGUAUACGGGGUGAACCGAUGUCAGUUGUGACAAUCCCUAAACAUCAAAACAGCACGAGCAUAUAAAGUCUUUAUUUACAUUAAGCUUUAAGCUUUUGUGUAAUUAUUUGUAAAACAAGUUGAGCCUCUGAUGUAAUUAUCUUCAUUUUUUGUCUCUAUUUAUAUGUUAAUUUGGAUUGAUAAUAGAGCAAAGAUUAAUGAUGAACUUGGAGCCUUGGAGAGUAUUAUGUAGAUAAGUCGCUCUCAGUGUAAUCACCUUGAUUAUGGCUUCUGAGGCGACUGCUUCCAGUGUUUUUUAGCUUGUGGUAACCAGGAUUUAGCAGUGACUAAAAUGAAGACAGCUGUGACUAAUGGCGACAGGGCUAAUAACGCUUGCACUGAUUGAUGGGAAUUUGUCGGUUGUGGUCUCACUGUUGAUCCAUGAUAAGCUGCGGGCUCGCUGCUUUCACUUCUCAAGAUAGCAUUUAAUUAAGUCGGGGCGGCCAGCGGGGCACUGCAGGGGCUGCAAUCUUACAGGUGCACUGUCCAAACAACUCACUGUCACACUGCGAGCGAGAGAAAUGGAAGGAUGCUGAAAGAGAGGGGGAAAGAUAGUGUGAGGGAGGAAAGGGAACUGAAGAAAAAGUGAGAGAAUGAGAGAGAUUAGGAGACGGAGAGGGUGAUAAACACAGGGAGGGAGGGCUGAGAGAAAGAGAGAGAGAGAGGGAGUACUGCAGGCUGCAUGCUGGAAUGAACAGGCAGACGGAGAGCUAUACGAGUCCGCUUGCCGGCUUCGCCACCCGUUCAUUUUGCGCUGUGAGGAGAGUGGCACUGUCAGAGUCAGUGGGGAGGCAGGGGAAAUGUGGCAGAGAGGUGGUAAUUAAAGGAGAGACAGAAGGUGGGGGGAGAGCGAUAAGAGUGAAUGAAAAGAAACUGUCGUUUAAUAGGGGAACAGAUAAAGAGAGUGUGAGCACAGGCGGCAGAAGGAGAGAGGGAGAAUGAGAGCGUGCUGGUGAGGGACGGGAGAUGUAGCGGCUCGUUCAUCCACGCCCCUGACUGUGGUGAGGCAAGAGAAGGAAUCCAAGAAGACCGAGAGGCAGCAUGAGAACUGGAGGAGUGGAAGGGAUAAGUGUUUCUCUCCGGCUCAUUGUCUGACCAUGAGCAUGGGCUGCCUCAAGGAUGGAUCUGGAUUCUACCUAUAUGCCUGAGAGGGAGGGUUUCUCUCUGCUCUUCGCCCUGUGCUUGCUUUCCCUCCAGCCCUGCGAAGACUGGACCUCAGUCAGGAGGUGUCAGACGCGGGGACACAUCUCUCUGCCUCCUCCGUCCACCGUUGCCUCCUUCACUCCAUCCGCUCUCUCGGUGACAGUGCGGCCAAGAUGUGAAGCGGAGAGCCACGCACAGGUAGAUCCACUUGCAUGUGCAGUUUCAGUCACCGAGCCACCGGAGGUAAAGAGGUAAGCUGAGAAAGGGAAGAGGAGCAGUGAGCAGAGAUGAAGAGGGGAGCAGAGUUCUCGGUGUAUCAGGGAGGCAGCCCGGCUCGGCGGCCUCCCCAGCCUCUCCCCGACAACCUCAACCUGCGGAUCAAGCAGCGCUCACUCACGAACCUGACCCUGCUCAGCGAUGGCGAGCAGCGGGUUUAUGCCUUUGAGCUCGAGGAUCCACCUUCUCAUGUUUCCCAACCUCAGAACACUUCAUUGUAUUCAAGUUCCAAGCAGAGGGCAGGGGGCAGCCUGCAGGGGAGCCCCAGGAAGGAGGUAGUCACAAGGGGCGGAGGUGUACGGGGAACCAGGACUCGAUCCCUGUCGCUCUCCCUCACUAAGGUGCUUUCCCAGUCUGAGCAUUCCCUUAUCCCUGUCCCUUGGCGGAGCACAGCUGCAGGCGGGCGGCCACAGCGGGCUUCAUACAGCGGCCAUUCAAGGACUGAGCUGCAGCGGAAGUCCAGGGAGGAAGCAGGGACAGAUGAGGAGGGCAGCAGUGGACGUUCAGACGAGGAGCCAGGAGCAGGCAGGGGUGGUGGGAAGAAGGGUGACAGGGAGAAGGAUGGGGGUUACUGGGCAGAAGAGGAGGUUUCAGGGGGAGGUCCUCGUGAGGGAGCGGCUCAGCUGGAUAAGGAGGUGAUCCUCACCAUGCUGGGCGACCUGGAGAAGGUGCUGCACAAACAACCCCGCCCACGAGAGGACCCUGAGACAAGACGCAUGAGGACGGUGAAGAACAUUGCAGACCUGCGGCAGAACCUGGAAGAAACCAUGUCCAGUCUACGGGGGACACAGAUUAGCCACAGUACACUAGAAACAACCUUCGACACCACGGUAACCACUGAGGUCAAUGGGCGAAGUCUCCCAGCCCUCACUACACGCUCCUCCCCCAUGGCCUGGCGACUGGGUCAAACCCAGACCCCUCGUCUCCAGGCAGGCGAUGCCCCCUCAAUGCCCAGCAGCUAUGCUGCGCCCAGGGCGAGCUCGACAGGGGCUGGCACCACCACAGGGCGCUACAGUGGGCACACGGACGCCACCAGGUUUGUGUACAGUGCCCCCCUGAGGCGAGCAGCAGCGGCAGGGUCGAGGGGGGCUGAGCAGGGGGAGAAGGGAGAAGGAGGGCUGGAGAGAGGGAAGCAGAUGGAGGUGGCAGGGUACAUGAGUGAUGGGGACAUCCUAGGGAAGAACGGCCGGAUGGAUGAGAUCACCAGCGGAUACCUCACAGACGGCGGCCUCCAUCUGUAUGCAAGGAGCACAGGCCGAGGCUCAGACGUGGCUUCUUCGCGAGAAAUAUCCCAGAGAGGAAGCAAAGAGAUGCAGGGAGACAUAGACAGUUGGGACGACAGCAGCUCGGUGAGCAGCGGCCUGAGCGACACGUUGGACAACAUCAGUACGGACGAUCUGAACACACCCGCCUACUCUGUGGUCAGCUCAUCACGCAAAAGCAAAGGAGCGCAGUCCCAGAGAGGAAGCAGGUCAAAGCAUGCAGAGCAGGAGGUGAACAGCAGCUGGGCCGGAGCCGAGGACCUCAAGAAGGUAGAAGAGGAGUUGGAACAAAGCAUGGACCCCAGCAGCGGCUCCUCCCGAUGGAAGCCUUCCUCGUCCUCCUCUUCCUCCCAAGCCCAGGGCCAAUAUGAGGACGCCAGUCAGAAGGCCACCGCACUGGCCCAGAUGUCCCAGACGGGCUCGUGGAGGAGGGGCAUGACAGCCCAGGUGGGCAUCACGCCACCCAGGACCAAGGGUACGACUGCUACCCUUAAAACACCAGGCAAAACUGAUGAUGCUAAGGCCUCAGAAAAGGGCAAAGCACCUUCCAAGAGUUCAGCUGGCAUCCAGCGCUCACCCUCUGAUGCCGGGAAGAGCAGUGGAGAUGAAGGCAAGAAACCCCCCUCUGGCAUUGGGCGCCCACCCACCACAGGCUCAUUUGGAUACAAGAAGAUCCCAGGUCCCAGUGGUACCCUAAUCACCUCUAGUGGGGCAACACUCACCAGCGGCUCAGCCACCCUGGGCAAGGCGCCCAAAUCCUCAGCUGCCCUAGGCAAAGGCACAGGCAUCGGCGGUGUGCGGAAGACCAGCCUGGAUGGCUCACAGCCCCAGGAUGAUGGCGUCCUGCUGACCUGCGGAAGCUCCAAAAUGACCCUCCAGUACCGCUCCCUACCCAGACCGGCCAAAUCCUCCAGUGGGGUGUCAGCAGGGCGCAGCGGGCAUCGCUCCAGCUCCAGCAGCAUUGACUCAAAUGUCAGUGGCAAAACCGCUGGUGGGGCGGUCACACAAACGGGAGCCAAACGCAGGGACGGAAAGGUGGCCUCAGAUCGCACCAGUCCCAUCACAAUAAACCAGACAGACAAGGAGAAAGUGGCUGUGUCAGACCAGGACCCAGCAACAGGAUUAUCCACGUCCCCCAAGUCCAGCCCUACCGCCACCUCAUCGGGCCAGACCGGCCUCAGGCAGCCAGGCUCCAAGUACCCUGAUAUUGCUUCUCCUACCUUCCGCAGAUUGUUUGGCACCAAAGCCAGCAGCAAGGCCAGCACUCCGGGCACGCCCGACUCUGGCAAGUGCCCCUCAAUACUGGGCAGCCCCCACGGCACAUUGGCAAGGCAGGCCAGUCUGGACUCACCCUCCUCUGGCACGGGGAGCUUGGGCAGCGCUUGUGGCCUGAGUGGUGGUAGCAGCCCACUGUACGGUAAAACCCCAGACUUGUGCACUGACUCCCCGGCAUCCAGUCCGGCCUCUGGCCUCUCCCUGCCCUCCAACGCUCGGCCCUGGCCUGCCUGUAGCUCGUCAGCUGGCAGCAAGGACACACUGAGCUGCCAAAGCAUGACCAGUCUGCACACCAGCUCUGAGUCUAUUGAUCUGCCGCUGGGCCACCACGGGCCAAAGAUUACACGAACCGGCAGUGUCAAGUCCACCCUGUCUGAGGGCAUGCCUCUUGACAGAAACACGCUUCCCAAAAAGGGACUGAGGUACCCUCCGUCCUCCCGGCAGACGUCCCACGAGGAAGGGAAGGAGUGGUUGAGGUCCCAUUCGACAGGGGGGCUUCAGGACACAGGCAGUCAAUCCCCACUGUCUCCUCCAGGAGCCUCCUGCACCACCACUGGGAAAUACCACUACUCCAACCUGCUGAGUCCCACCAACAUUAGCCAGUAUAACCUGCCACCAAUCAGCAGUAGCAUGAGCCGAUCCAACAGCAUCCCUGCCCAUGACUCCUUUGACCUGUAUGAAGAGGAUCACCCGCUGGGUAGCAGCGCCACCUCCUUGGAGGACCGUCCACGCGGCAUCAGCCGCUCCGGCUCCUUCAGGGACAGCACUGAUGAAGUCCAUGGCUCCUCAUUGUCUCUGGUCUCCAGCACAUCUUCACUGUACUCAGCGACUGAAGAGAAAGCACACUCAGAGGGCCAAACAGUCCAAAACUCCACGCAAAUCCGAAAGCUGCGCCGGGAGCUGGACGCCUCUCAGGAGAAGGUUGCGACCCUGACAUCUCAGCUUACUGCCAACGCUCACCUGGUGGCAGCCUUCGAAAAGAGCCUGAGUAACAUGACCUGCCGCCUGCAGAGCCUCACCAUGACCGCUGAACAAAAGGAGACUGAGUUGGUUGAGCUGCGGGAGACGAUAGACGUGCUGAAGACCCAGAACACAGACGCUCAGACGGCCAUUCAGGUGGCUCUCAAUGGCCCUGAUCACCUCCACAAAGACCUGCGGAUCAGACGGCAGCACUCGUCUGAAAGUAUGUCUAGUAUCAACAGCGCAGCCAGUCACUCCAGCAUGGGCAGCUUGGGCAAGGACGCCGAAGACAAGAAGAAGAAGAAGAAGAGCUGGGUGGCUGAUUCCAUCCCGGCUCAGUUACGCAGUUCCUUCAAGCAGGCGUUCAGCAAGAAAAAAACCAAAUCCCAGUCGGCCCACGACGAGAUGGAGGAGAUGACCGACUCGCUGCCGUCCUCGCCCAAACUGCAGCAUGACAACAGGCAGGGCAGCAUGGCCACGCUGCACUCCUCGCCCUCCACCACAGACGGGUGCAUUUGCGAUAGCAAGUCCUCCCCUAUUUGGACACCAAAGAAAAAGCAAAACGGCCAUGUUGUCUACAAGCACAGAUCUCGGUUGUGUGAAUGCACCGAGGCUGAGGCUGAAGUCAUCCUCCAGCUGAAGAAUGAGCUGAGAGAGAAGGAGUUAAAGUUGACAGACAUUCGCCUGGAGGCGCUCAGCUCCGCCCACCACCUUGACCAGAUCCGAGAGGCCAUGAACCGCAUGCAGAAUGAGAUUGAGAUGCUGAAAGCAGAAAAUGAUCGUCUCAAGUCCAGCGGUAACGCGACGCCGACGGCCACACCCAUCAAAACCGCCCGGCCGCCCUCCGAGACCUCCAGCACCUCCUCGUCCUCCUCGCGUCAGUCCUUGGGGCUGUCGCUGAAUAACCUCAACAUCACCGACACCAUCAUGUCAGAUAUUCUACUGGAUGACGGCUACGAGGGCAAUCUACGCAAGGAAGGCCGGAGUGUGCGGAUCGUGGUCACCGUCAGCAGCGGGAGAAGAACCACUAAGGCUACAAAAAACCAGCAGUACCUGAUUGGGUCGAUAGGAGUGAGCGGAAAAACUAAGUGGGACGUGCUGGACGGGGUCAUCCGACGCCUCUUCAAGGAGUACGUGUUCCGGGUGGACCCUCUGACCAGUCUGGGUCUCAACUCCGACAGCAUUGUCUGCUACAGGAUGGGUGAUGUGGUUCGCGCCCACGCCUCUGAAGUGCCUGAGCUGCUGCCUUGCGGCUACCUGGUGGGCGACAACAACAUUAUCAAGGUCAACCUCAAAGGAGUGAGGGAGAACAGUAUAGACAGUCUGGUGUUUGACACGCUCAUCCCAAAACCCAUCAUCCAGCGGUACCUCAACCUGUUGAUGGAGCACCGACGCAUCAUCCUCUCAGGACCUAGCGGCACUGGCAAAUCCUUCCUGGCUGCCAAGCUGGCCGAGUACAUCAUUUCCCAGUUGGGGCAGGAGGUGACGGAGCACAAUGUGGCCAGCUUCAACGUGGACCAGAACUCCAGCAAGGAUCUGCGUCAGUACCUGUCCAACCUGGCUGAGCAGUGCAACUCUGAGGAGACGGACACAGAGCUCCCCACUGUGGUCAUCCUGGACAACCUCCACCAUAUCGGCUCCCUCAGUGACAUAUUCAACGGUUUCCUCAACUGCAAGUACCACAAAUGCCCGUAUGUAAUUGGAACCAUGAACCAGGGAGUUUCCUCCUCUCCGAACCUCGAGCUGCACCACAACUUCAGGUGGGUGCUGUGCACCAACCACACCGAGCCCAUCAAAGGUUUCUUGGGCCGUUUCCUGCGCCGAAAGCUGAUCGAGACAGAGAUCAAUAAAAACAUGCGCAGCAAUGACUUGAUUAAGAUCAUCGACUGGAUCCCCAAGACCUGGCAGCAUCUCAACGGCUUCCUGGAGGCACACAGCUCCUCCGAUGUCACCAUAGGCCCCCGUCUCUUCCUGUCCUGUCCCAUGGAUGUCGAAGGCUCUCGGGUUUGGUUCACUGACCUGUGGAACUACUCUCUGGUACCCUACCUGCUGGAAGCCGUCAGGGAAGGGCUUCAGCUUUACGGCCAAAGAGCUGCAUGGGAGGAUCCGUCCAAGUGGGUGAACGACACGUAUCCCUGGAACGCCGCUGCGCUGCAGCAGGAGGGCCAGUCGCUGCUCCAGUUGAGGCCAGAGGAUGUAGGAUACGAAGGCUACAGUUCAUCCAAGGAGGGAGCCUCAUCUAAGCAAGUGUCUCAGAGUGACACUGAGGGAGACCCACUGAUGAAUAUGCUGCUACGGCUGCAGGAGGCAGCUAACUACUCCAGCACACAGAGCUGCGACAGCGACAGCACCAGUCACCAUGACGACCAGCUGGACUCCUCACUGGAGUCGGCACUAUGAGAGCGAGAGCUGCGCUGGGACACACCGCACCCUUGGACCCCAUGAACCUGGGAACAUUUGAACCUCCAACACUGUCAGACACGACCCGAGUAGUGCACAGAGCUAUGGCAUAUGAAAAGUUUUAUCAUCCAAAAUGUUACAUCCAUCAUUUUGCGGUAAACACCUAUUUACUUUUUUUACAUAAGAAUGGUGCAAUAUUAAAUCAAAGUAUUAUAUGGAAAACAAUCCUUCAGGUUGGAUCGUUUCAGUUUUGCUGACAUCAAACAGUGAAGUUAGCGAGUAAUCUUUAAUGGAUGUAUCACAUUUGAAAUAUACAACUUUUCAAAUAUAUGUAGACGGGGCUUUUCUCUGAAGUUGAAUUCCAAAGAGUAAAAGGUUUGUGCUCAGCUGUGACGAGCCGCAGGUUACUCUCCAUUACUUCAACUUUGGUCGUCAAAGUGUCAGAGAGAAGGGGAGAAGAGGUCGACAUGACAAAACUGGAUUUUUGUUUCUUUAAAACCCAGAUAUAUCUUCAGAUGUUUACAAGGGCGGGGACAGGUUCUGUUUCUCAUGUCUUUCCUUGUUUAAAGAGGUGCUUCACACACACACACACAAACACACACACACAUAUAUACACUUACAAACAGGCAGCAGGGGGAGACUUUCCUUUAAUCAGUCCAAGCCUUCAUUUGACCAAUAAUCCAGCCUGCCAAAGUGUCCUUGAGCAAGGCAUUGUACCUCUAACACCUCUGAGGUACCUGAUGUCCAACAGGAGGGAGGCAGGGAGGAGGACAACACAGUUUUUUGGAGGGGUUAUACAGUGCCCUCUGGUGGCUAUCUUGGAGGCUCUGAGCUCUCACAAAUUGAGUUAAUCACAGCAUCAGUUUGAUAUAGUCACAAACCAGCAGUUUGUUGUGGUUUGCUGAACUGGCUUCACACAAGUUUCUGAUUUAGAAUCAGGUUGGGCUAAAGAAAACUUUUUUGUCUCGUUGUUUACCACUAUAUCACCUUUUUGUGUCUUUGCUUUUUCUAAACAUAAAUUGUGCACAAGCAAUUCUGUAUCUCCAUGAUGGCAAAGCCUCUACACCCCGACUAGACAACACUAACAUUAUCAUAACAUACUGGCAAACUCAUACACACACACACACACACACACACACACACACACACACACACACCCAUGCGUCCCUCCAGCUCAGUGGACAGUUGAGCCUCAUGGUGCUGGUCUCAGCCCUGAACCCCGUCAGUGUCAGGCACUGCCAAGCCGCUCGCCGCUGCCCCGCAUGCCAACAAGCACAACCAACACGCAUUGUUUGUGUCAUCCAGCCACAUCGCUACUGUGAAGAAAAAAUGGACAAGUGCCAAUGUCUCUCUUUGAUUUACUGCCAAAUGCACACUCACAUCACACACACACACACACACACACACUAACACACACCCCAUCACAAUGCAGAGCCGACCGUGGUUGUAGACUUGGAUUAAGUUGUUUCAGCUUUCCUCACAUCUGCAGCAUGUUGUCACAGCGCCUUCUUUUCAAACACACAACUGUAUCACUUGAUCAUUCGCUAAGCUCCUCCCCCCAAUCAAUGAUUGUCCAAUCACGUCUGUCAAGCUUUGGAUUUCUCCACCCUGUGGCAGAGAUGCUCAGCAUUGAAACGGUUUUAGGGUGGUGUCAUUUUUGAGCUUUUCCAAAACCAGAAACACAAGAGAAUAGGUGUGCUAGCGUGAUCUGCACACAUUAGCAUGUCUCGCUAACUAGCUUAACCAUGUGAAUAAUACGAACCCCUGUGCUAGUAAGCUUUUCAAUACUUAAAUCAGUUUCUGCAAGUGGACUUUCCUGGAACGCAUGACACAGCAUGAUAUAAUGUAUGCAGCUGCCAGAGUGCACAUUCAAGACCAAUUUUACAUGAUGCCAUGAAAAAGGGAGCCACACAGUGUUUUCAACCAAGUCAUGAAAGUAGCGUUAACUUAGCUAAUUAGCUACACCUUAAUAUUCCAAACUUACUAAGAAUUCCAAGUGUUAUCAUUACCAUUGUGAACUGCGGAGGUGGAGAGCUUGACAGACAUAACAGUAUCUAAAGGGGGUGGAGCUUAGCAGAUGGUCCGAGCAAAUAGCAGAUUUCCUGCGACAACGAAACAGGUAGAGUUGGCUGCGACAGAGAAGUUCAGAAAGUAACAGGAAAACAGUAGACGGAUUAUUUUUCACUCCGACGUAUAUUAGUUAAAUCGCUGUCACUUAAGUUCAGUCAACAAAAUAUCAGUUAUAAUUAAAUGAUUGACGCUGACAAUGUUGUGCUUGGAACUAUCUGGAACCCCAUUGGGAGUCUUGUGCAGCAAAUCUAGAAAUCGGAGAAAUCGAAAUUAUUAAAGCUCAAGAGCUGAAUAAGGGAACAAUGAUACCGGUGCUUUCUCACUGCCUUAAAUGUGCAAACGUUGGGGAGGCAACUCCUCCUCCCAUUGGCUGUAGUGAGAAAAAGGUGACUGAUGAUGAUCCGCUUUCUGCUCCGUCAAAGGCGCUGCUUGUCACCUUUAGUUUGUGGUCACUCCCUCUUCCUCCAAACCGCCCUUUCUUGUUUCUGACAGCUGAAGUAUAAAAGAGUUGAUGCUGUAUUUGAACUUAAAACUGACCAAUAUUGUAAAAACAUUUAAAAGAGGGGGAAUGGGGUGUUUUUUAGUUGUUGUUUUGCGCCCAGUUGAGCUGGGCUCACUUGAACAGACAGGAGCACAACCAAAUUGUUUUGGGGUUUUCUAGCCUGAUGAGCAUGUUUUGAAGCUUUUUAAAGGGGAUGCAUUGAGAAGAGAGACCUUUACCUUUAUGUAUGCGUGUAUCGGACGGAAGCCAUUUUGAAUUUCGAUUGUCCUCUCUGUUUAAACGAGUGGGUUGGUUUUGCACACUUUGAGGUCGGGGGUGGGUUGUAAAUACUUAAGUCUUGCACAGUGAAUCAAAGAUGCAUUCUGCCCUGUUGAUGUUACAAUAUGCUUAACCCGCUGAGUAAAUUAUUGUACUUAAAAAAAAAAAAAAAAAGAGAGAAAUGCAAAAACUCAACACGCUGUCAGAAACAGGUGUGUGUCUUGUGGUGAUUGGAUGUUUUGCCGAUGCAGGCGGCAUACGGUGUACAGUAAGAAACUGUUUGUGAACUCACUGACAUCACAGACUGAGAACAAAAAAAAAAGAGGCACUUUUCCCCUCAUCCUGCCAAAAAUAUUCUCUGGCUCCUCUCUGUCUUUACGAAUGCCUGUUGUUUCUUGGAAGCACUUCCUCCGUGGACGUUUUAACCCAAGCUUGCCGCCCCGUUGGGCUCGUGGGCUGUGCGAGGCACCGAAGCUGACCCAACACCGUACUGUAUAACGCUUACCGACAACCAACAGGUGCUACUAGUCAGUCAAAGCCCAUCAGAGACCAACAAGUCCCAUUGUCACGACCUCAGGACAAUCCUAACCUAUACAAUCCUACCUGUGUUCAGCUUCACGUGUCUCCGCAGCCGAGCUUCGGGUGGCUCGCACGUGUAUCUGGCCAACUUCACCGACCUCGUGUCCUCAAAGGUGUGCGGUUGCAUGCGAAUGGAGCAGUUGCCAUGGUAGCAGGUUGCUCCUUAACUUGACUUACACCCAUGUAGUAAACCUGAGCUUGGCUAUCCCACAUUUAACCCUCUGGGCUACUCUACACUUCAGAUGUAGGCCAGUAGAUCCCGAGCUUUCAGAGCUUGGUCACCGGUAACAGUGUAAACUACAGUGCUGAUGAUCGACUGGUCAUUUUUCUCCACUUACACUCUGCAGUUACAUCUCAGUUGAAAACCAUAGCAUUUACUCUGGUUUGAGAGAAAGUUUUCUUCUUUUUUGGGUGAAACAUUUGUCCGUAAAUGUUUUAUAUUUUGUACAUUUGUAUGUAACAUAUCAUGUAAAUAGACAGAGACAGUGAUUUAACUCAUCUGGAGGAUUUUGUAGUCUUUGUAAAGCCCUAAUAAAUGGUAUUUGGUGUCACACGAGCAAACGA